AUGACGGGCGUACUGCAGCAGACCAGUACCAAACAGAUCCAGACCAGUACCAAACAGAUCCAGACCAGAACCAAACAGAUCCAAACCAAUAACAAAUCAUCUCUGACCAGUACCAAACAGAUCCAAACCAGUACCAAACAGAUCCAGACCAAUAACAAAUCAUCUCUGACCAGUACCAAACAGAUCCAGACCAGUUACAAACAGAUCCAGACCAGUAACAAACAGAUCCAGACCAAUAAAAAAUCAUUUCUGAACCACCUCAGGUUCCCUGUAGAGGAUCCAUGUGUACUGGUUGGAGAACUUGAUGGAGUCCGAAUUAUCAGCUCCACCAAUCAGGAGCUUCUCCAAGAGGUUCCUCUGGUCUGUCAGGAAAUUUUCAAGAUUGCCUCCAUGGCCCCUGGAGCGCUGCUACUGGAGGCUCACCGUGAGUACGAGAAGUCCAGUCAGAAGGCUGAUGAAUACCUGAGGGAAAUAAAGGAGCAAAGCAUGCUGGGAGAGGCAGUGACACAGUGUGUUGAGGCGGCAGGACACGAGUACGACUCCAUUACCCAGAAGUCCCUGCUCAGGGCGGCGUCCUUUGGGAAGUGCUUCCUCACAGACUUCAGUCCAGAUGUCUUUGUGUCGACCUGCAGAGAGCUCCGCGUCCUGAACGCCGUCAGAGAGAGUGCCGUUGGGCUGCCGCUCACACACACACAAUUCAAACAGAUGACUCUGCAGGUGCUGAUUGACAGGCUGGUGUACCGUCAGCUGUAUCCAUUGGCGAUGGAGAUUUGCCGUUACCUGAAAAUUCCCGACUAUCAGGGCGUCAGCAGAGUCCUCAAACACUGGGCGGCGUGUAAGGUGCAGCAGAAGGACCUAUCAGAUGAAGCCAUAGCCAGAGCAGUCUGUGUCAAAGUGGGAGACUCUCCAGGUGUUUCCUACUCGCACAUCGCCGCCAAAGCCUAUGACUGUGGACGCACGGAGCUCGCAAUCAAGCUCCUGGACUUUGAGGCUCGUUCAGGUGAACAGGUUCCGUUGCUGUUGAAGAUGAAGAGGAGUCAGCUUGCCCUCAGUAAAGCUGUUGAAAGUGGAGACACGGAUCUAGUUUACACGGUGGUGACGUACCUGAAGAAUGAGAUGAACCGAGGAGAUUUCUUCUUGACACUGAGGAACCAACCAGUUGCUCUAAGCCUCUACAGACAGUUCUGUAAACUGCAGGAACAGGACACACUGAAGGAUCUCUACAAUCAGGAUGAUGAUCACCAAGAACUUGCCAACUACUAUGUUACUGCCAGCUACAGAGAAAAGAGGUUAGACAGCCGACUGUCUCUGCUGCAGUCAGCAGUCGAUGAGUACAACAAGGCCAAGAACGAGUUCUCUGCAAAGGUAACAGAGGAGGAGAUGCGUCUCCUACGUUUCCAAAGGAAACUGGAUGAUGAGAAAGGGGCGGGGCUUCUAGGACUGUCUCUACAGGCCACCAUGGAGGCGUUGUUAGCUCUGGGCUUGAACAAACAGGCUGAACAGCUCUACAGAGACUUCAGAGUACCUGACAAAAGGUAUUGGUGGUUGAAGCUGAAGUCUCUGGCAGAGAAAGAGGAGUGGGAGGAGUUAGAAAAGUUCUCAAAGAGCAAGAAGUCUCCCAUUGGCUACCUGGCAUUUGUUGAAGUCUGCAUGAAGAGGAACAACAAGUACGAGGCCAAGAAGUACGUUACCAAGGUAACGCCAGAGCAAAAGGUCAAAGCUCACCUAGCCAUCAGUGACCUGGAGGGGGCAGCAGAUGCUGCAAUAGAACGGAAGAAUGAGGCAGAGAUGGGGGCAGUGCUCUCCAGAUGCUCCACCUCUGACCGCCUGUUGGUUGACAAGCUGAACCGUGCCAGAGCAACCAUUGCCAAGAAGUGAGCUGAAGUCACUUCCUGCCAGAGCUGUUACCAUGGAAACAAGGAUCAGCUGAUGAUUGAUAGCUCCAUCCCCUUAAUUCCCAGUUCUUGACUGUCCAAAAUCAAUCCAUAAUUUCUGUGCAGUAAAACACCACUCUACACUACAUAGUCCACUAUGUAGUCCACUAUGUAGUCCACCAUGUAGUCAGCUAUGUAGUCUGCUAUGUAGUCCACCAUGUAGUCAGCUAUGUAGUCUGCUAUGUAGUCCACUAUGUAGUCUGCUAUGUAGUCCACUAUGUAGUCUGCUAUGUAGUCCACUAUGUAGUCUGCUAUGUAGUCCGCUAUGUAGUCCACUAUGUAGUCAGCUAUAUAGUCCGCUAUGUAGUCAGCUAUGUAGUCUGCUAUGUAGUCCACUAUGUAGUCUGCUAUGUAGUCCACUAUACAUAGUGGACUACAUAGUGGACUCUAUAGCUUCAUAGUUUACGUCAGAUCACUUCCUGCCUUGCUGCUUCACAAUAAAAGCCUUUCACCCCA